AUGGACCAAAGUGUAUCUGAAGUUACAAAUUAUCAAACAAAUUAUGAUAAAAUCAUAAAUGAUCCUAUAUAUGAAGAAAUAAAACUUAACAAAAAACUUAACGAGGAAUUAAAAUUUUCUGAGACGCUCUGUAAUCAAUUAAAGAAUAAAUAUGAAAAUUUGGAAAAAUAUUGUAAAGACUUACAAGAUAAUUUUAAUAAUGUCAAUAAUAUUCUAAGAGAAAAGCAAGAACUGAAAAAAAAGAUUGUUGAUUUAGAUGAUCAUAAUUCUAAAUUAGUUAAACUAUUAGUAGAAACUUUAGAAGAAAAAAAUAAUAUAAUUCAAGAAAAGGAUAAUGCAAUUCAGGAGAAAGAUAAGAAGAUUCAAGUAACGGAUAACUUAAUUAAAGAAAAAAAUAAAGAACUUAAAGAAAAGGAUAAUAUAAUUCAAGAAAAAGAAAAUUUAAUUCAAGAAAAGGGUAGAAUAAUUCAAGAAAAGGAUAGAAUAAUUCAAGAAAAUGAUAUUAUUAUUCAAGAAAAAGAUAAAACAAUUCAAGAGAAGAGUAAAACAAUUCAAAGGAAGAAUAAAACAAUUCAAGCGAAAAAUAACGAAAUUCAAAAAAUUGGUGAGGAGACGGAAACGUUAAAACAAAAAACUAUUGAAUUAGAAAAUGAAGUUUCUAAAUAUCAAUAUGCCCUUGGAACAGCAACCGAUAUAAGAUUGUUAGAACAAGAUAUUAAUAAUUUCAAAAAAGAAGCUUCUGCAAUUGAUUCCAAUAAUGAUAAUAAUCAAAUUAAUCUAAAAAAAGAUAUUUUAUCUUUACAGGAUUCUUUAAAAGAUUAUACCAUUGUUAAAGGUAAAAUAGACAUUAAUACUCCUAGAAUACAAAAUCUCUUGAAAAAAUAUGAAAGCAAUAAAAUAAUUACGGAAAAAGAUCAAAACAAACUUUUAGUUAAAGCCGUAUUACAACGUCAUGUUAUCGAACAAAUUUGUGAAUAUGCGAAGGAAUAUUUUGAUAACCCAGACAAAUAUCAAAAAUAUCCGUGUGGAAUGGAAACUCAUCUAUUUAAUAAAACUAAAGAAAUAGUAGAAUUAACAAGAAAUUUCGAAAAAAGACGCGCUGGAAUUGAUGAAUCAACUAAAGUGUUACCUAUUAAAUUACGACAACAAAUUUGUGCAGCUCUUGGAAAUAGGGGAUUUAAUGAUAUGAUUGAUAAUAAAAAAAAAACAUUUACACAUGACUUUGUUAGUCGUUAUCAAAAUAUAUUAAACAAUGAAAUUAGUUACUAUCGUAGGAUAAAUGAUUCUGAAAAAAAAAAAGAAAUCGAAGACAUGGCUGGUGACAUUAUUAAAAGAGCUGUUGCUUUAUUUUGGUUUCGACUUAAAGUUCAAGAACCAGUUGUUGAAUAUAUUUGGCCUAAAAGUGAUGACAUAAUAGAUCCAAGCUAUAUGGAAGGAAAAUGGGAAGAUGAUGAAAUCGAUAACUUAGUUGUAGAUAUUUGUUACUUUCCCUUGAUAGCACAAGAAUUCAGUAAUGAGUCAAAACGUCAAAUUUAUACAAAAGCUAUAAUCUUACAAAAACCCAAACCCGAACAACCACCAUUGCAAGAUGAUAUUCAGUCAGCUCAGUCAAAUAAAUGUUCUAGUGUUCAAUAAUUAACAAAUCAAAUUCAACCGAUAAUAAUUCUUAUUGAAGUAAGAAAAAAA